AUGUACAGCCUUCCUCUCCCGGUUCAAACAAAUAAUCUGCUGCUACACAGAUUCCGUCUUAGCGAAAAUUCUCUUGCUCCAGUCAUCAUGGUUCGUACCGUCUGCAAGUCUGGCAAGUCUACGGGAGGACCUGCGAACCGUAGUGUGCUACCUGGCCCCUUCAAACUUGUUUCUGGUCUCUGUGGUGAACAGGUCAUCAAAAGUGUAUAUCAUAAGCCAUUGCCACAUGGGAUGGAAGAGGCGAUAUCGACUAGGAAAAAAGACAUUCUCAUUCCUCAAUUCUGGAACCACGUAGGCUGGUGUUUGUUCUGCUGUGAUGGCAGUCCACAAAUGUACGAAUGCUCACAUUGCCCACACACAGUGUGCGUGCGCUGCAUUGUCAUCCCAGAAGAGUCGCUGGACUACAUCAAAAAAGGCAAUGUCUUUUUCAGAUGCCCCGGAUGCCAUGAAGUUCGUGAUAGAAAUGCUGGAAAAGGUAUCAUCACACCGUAUUUUGGCUUUGAAGAUGCUCAAGGAAAGGCCGUGCUGGCGACACCUGCCACUAUCCAUGGCCACAUUGAGUUGACCAGUCGGUCAGAGGUAUGCACCCUCCCCAUCCUCAUUCUCAACUUCAUCCUUGCCAGUGUCGAUAUCUUCGGGUCACCUGCACGUGCCAUGCGAGAUGGGCUGCAUCCAUACGUUGCUCCAGAUUACUAUGAAAUUGUGUUCGACAUCGGAACACUGUCCAAGGUCAAGCAGCACGCCAAGGCAAUGGAGAAGCUUGUGCAAGACAUAGGACCAUGUCAGUUUGCUUGUGUCGAAGUAUUUGUCCACUCCCACUCUGAUACAAACCGUGGCGACCUCUGGGCUGGGUUCGAGACCUCAAACAUUAAAGGUGAACAUGAGGGGCCUGUCGCCUACUCACUUGACGACUUUUUCACCGCAGUUUUCCCCAGUAGCAUAGCAGGCUAUCUCAAGGGAGCCACACUGUGGAUGUUGCACGCAUUUGCAUUUGAUGCUGAACGCUUCCAUGCAUGCCUUGUUCCACCGUUCAUCUUCGCAUAUGUGGAACGUGUUCUUGUCGAGGGCUUCGAGGUUGAAGAGGCCAUCGAAGAUCUUCUCAAAGCGGCUCCUCAACUUGGGAUGCAUACAUCCAUAAUUCACAUCCGUGUUACAAACAUUUUCCAUCGUCGCCCUCCUACUGUCUCCGAAUACAACAAAGGAGCCAUGCGCAUGGACGAUAAGGCCUCCAUGAUUGUGACCACAUACAAGUUCUUUCACGAGAAUCAGCAUCCUUGGGGAAAUCCACUGCCCUAUCAGUGUUUGCGUUGUUACUGUGUUCGCUCUUGGGGCUCUACAACCCGCCCUAUGUCCAGCAAUACCCAAUUCGCUUGCAAGCAAUGCGGAUUCGUCAUCACCUAUACAAAGCUCGACCACUCAAAAAUUAUCCUGUACCACGAGGGAUAUCGGGGGACCAGCAAAGUGAGUGGUAAGCUAACGAAAAAAGGCCUCGGUACUGGUUCUGGGUGGUUGGUAGUGGUAGCAGUCGAGCCUGACGGGGUGCUAGCCCUUGCUCAAUCAGUUAGCCACUCCACCCGGGAACAUUGA